UUCAAACAUUUACCAUCAACACUAGACUCUAGACAUCUAGACAUCAGUUUAUUCUCUAUUGGAUGAGAAAAUGUGUCACGUUUAAAACUUCUUCAUCCAAAGAUGUCAAGUAAGUUCUACUACACCUACUCUAAAAGAGGAAUUGUACUGAAACAAAUGGAGAGGACAUGUUUGAGGAUAGUGUCGUCAGUGUAAGACAUUAGUGUGUACAGUCUGACCAUCCAUUUCCUGGAAGGAAAACAACACAUUCCACAAAACAGCAAAUGAAUGACAGAAGAAGAAUGCAUGAAGACUAUGUGGCGUUAUAUGGAGAAAGAAAAUAACCCUGUUGACUGUAUGACUGAAUGAAGAAAUCUGAUAAAACAUGGAUGCCACAGAUGACUUUUCAAGCAGCAAACCUAACUAUGGAGACGCAUCCUAUCACAAGAGCUGGACGUACUGUGUCUGAACUCCUGGAGGACUCUGGGAAUUGUAGAAGGAUCAUCAACCGGGAGCUGAACCUUCAUCUUCUCAGUGACUCUCUCUUUAGUGAGCAGCAGAAGCUGAGGCAUGUGUUGGACUGGGCUCAAAGUUUCCUCAGUAGUGGGUCAGAGGUUCACCACGAGUUCUGCAGAGCUGACAGCUUGAUAUUUGCCGAUGAAGAGCGGAGGAAUACACAGAAAAAAUCACCUGCAUAUAAGCAUUCAUCUGCCGCUAAAUACUAUCAUCCUGUCUCCUGUACUGCAGGUGUCAAUGAGGUAUUUAGAGCUUUUCCAGAUGAUCCCUGCAUCCCCUCCUUUACCCCAGGGGGGAGAGAUAAGGAGUACAGAGAAACUCCUGAAAAUGUGAAAAGUAAGGAGCUAAAGGAUGUCACAGAUAAACAAACUUCCAGCCAAGACAACAACUGCAGAACAAGCGGUCUGUUCAUAUCCAAUCAAAGACCACACACCAGCUUAUCAGACAGAAAUACAAAUCAAACGCUUGCAUCAGAUGGUGCAACAUGCUCGGUUAAAGAAUCCACAUUGUGCUGGAGCAAUGUGGAGAGCAUGGUGUUUGGCACCGGGAGUAACUUGAAACUGAAUUAUAAAACAGCUGGAGCUCAGCCAGAAAGAGACAUAUCAGGACAUCAGAUGGAGCUCAGAAAAUUAAAGGUUGAGGGGAAGGUGGGAACAAAGAUGAAAGUUGCGAAAGAGGAACUAGAGGAUGCUAGGAUGGACGAAAGGAAGGGAACGAUAAAUGAAGAGCAAAAAUCUAGCUCAGCUUUUGCAUUGUAUGCAAAGAAUAACAUGAGCAACAGUGAGCCAGAGAAGACACAGGAACGAAUGGAAAAGACUUCAAACAUCAGCUGUCAUUUGAAAACAUGGCCAACUUUGACUGUAUAUGAGCGAUACCAGCUUUGUGUGGAUCAAUUGCAUCACCUCAGAGUAAGACAAAGCCAAUAUACCGAACCGGGAUGCUUCAUAGAUUCCCCUGCAAAUGACAGAAAGACAUCUGAAGAAUUUGCACCACAAAAUCCUCAGAUUGAAAAACGUCUAAAUAAGGCAGGAAGCAAAAGGGUUACAGCUGCAGAAAUCACAAAGAAGAGUUCAGAUGUCAUUAAUAAAAACCAGGACAGAUCUCAGUACAAUAGAAGUAGGGCAACACUUACUGAACAUGGACAUCACAAACAUUGUGACAGUUUGACUGUGAAGGAAACACCUGCAGCCAGUAGACCUGUUCGUCAGAGAAACAAAAUUACCACCAACACACAUUUGGGUCUUGAUAGCAACACAUGUGGUGCAUUAAUAAAAGCAACUGGAGGAGUCAUAACCUCAAUUGAUGAGGUUAUUAACACGCAUAUGGAGCAACUGGGGACUGUACCUGGCAAUAAUGGUACCGUUGUGGAGGAGAAUGCUGCACUCACCACUAACCCAGGUAUUUAAUAUCAUAAUCAAGGCAGACAUGUUCCAAUUAGGCAUGGGCUGUUAUAAGAUGUUGAUGGUAUGAUAACCUUCAGGAAAAA